GUGUCACAGCUCCAUUGCUAUACAGGCUAAUACUCUGCCUCUGUACAGGAUGCUGUGGUGCUGUCCAUCCAGUAACUAGUGGCAAUGGACUAAUCAGAUUUAAAACUGUGAUCACACAAAUCAACAAACAGCAGAUCUACAUCAGUCUCAUGAUGGACAAGGACACAGCAUCUGUCGAGGCCUAUCUUGGUGUCUAUAAAGCAUUGUUGGGCCUGUCUGUCUGACUACAGGAAUGUGUAUGUCCAGCUGUUUCUGGGAGAUGGUGCAUACUGAUGACCCUGUGCUCUAAGCUAAUUGUAGAUUUACUGGGUGAUAACUGCCUCCCAGCACCAGGUGUAGAGUAUAGACAGUGGGGAGACCUCCUCCUCACCACAAGCUUUGCUCAUCAUAUUGAUAUUUCCUCCUGCAGCCUCAGCUUCUAUUAUUACAAUUCAUUGUUGUAGUACAUUUUGUGAGAAUUAUGUUCCUGUUUUGUUCUCACCGAUACCCAGAGGUGCCAUAUCUGCUCUUUGUUGAUAUUUGACAGAUUGGACCAGUCUCCUACAAGGGAUACAUAAUGCUGGAGACUGUAGACAGUACUCACAUAGUAUUCACAUCCUGAGGAUAGUUAAGGGUGUAGCCAUACAGUACAAAGGAUUCAAACUGCACUGGCAGUACUCGACAAGGAUUCAAACUGGAUUAUUUAGACAACACUUGACGAGGAUUAAUACUGAAUUUUCUAGAUAGUACUGACAUCUAAGGAUUAUACCAGGCGUACCCAGAGUACUCAUAAACUACAUAUAGCCAGGAUUAAAGCUGAAGUACUCAUAAACUACAUAUAGCCAGGAUUAAAGCUGGAGUACUCAUAAACUACCUAUAGCCAGGAUUUAAGCUGGAGUACUCGCGUGUUGGGAGUAAGCAUAUACCUACAAAGGAUUAAUGUUUCCGACUGGGAGAAUCUGAUAUUGGUCAUGACUGGUUAUAGAGUUUCCAGCAGAGACUCAUCUACAAAAUGAAGAUCAUCUGGAAUUGGACACGGUGAUAGAUUUGUACCCGAAUAAAUAUUCCACUGACUGCAAGUUUAGAUUAUUGUGAGUUUAGAGUUAUCCCCCUUCAUGACUACAUCCUGUGAUAUUUCCGUACAAGUGUUUGCCAGAUUGAGAUGAUUCCAGACCAUUUGACAAUGGAAUCAAGUCAGGCCCCAUCAUACAUGGAAACUGUUCAAGUGACAUCUUCUACCACCUCCAGCAUCCACGUAGCCUGGGAGGUGAGCCAGGACAUGAGCGCUCACGUGGAGGGCUUUCGUGUCCACUACCAGAAAGUCGCUAGCACAUACAUACAGUAUGGACCAAUGUUAUCAGCAUCAAUUGGACAAUACAGCAUACAGAAUCUAGUGGCAGAUACCUACUACAAAGUCUGUCUUGUGAUGUACCGUAACGACACCCAGCCAAUUCGUGAGUGUGUGGACGCCUCUACAACUAACUGGCACAUUCCGGUGUCUAUUGGCAGCAGUAUCGGGGCCAUCCUGGCUCUGUCCAUGAUCGUACUUGUGGUUCUUGUGUCUCGAUGUCCAUCAGUGGUCAAGUGGCGUGGUAAACAGUACAAAAAAUCACAGAAAUAUGACAGCAUGUCAUCACAUUACCAUGACGAUCAUUUUGAAUUUAGUGACACAGCAACACAUGGACACGAAGACGAAUUUGUGUCGGAGUUUGAUCCGUGUAAUGAAACAUACUCCUUUGAAAAUGCUCAUAACAACGGUCAUCCAAAAGAACAUCGAACAACAGAAAAAAUGUGUAAUGGAAACAGAAAUCAUGUUCCUAGUAUAUCUCACUCACAGCAGAUGAAGCACAUGGGUGCCCGACCAAAGGUCUACAUCCCCAGUCACUACUCCCAUCAUUCCUACCACGGACAUCACACCGCCUCAAGCCUAGCACAUUCCAUCGAACGUCAGCAGAGCCUCGAUCUGGGUCACAGAGAAGACCUUAAUCACAACCACCAUCACAGUUCUGGGGUGGCACAUACAAGCCCUGUGCAGUCCUAUGGGCCAGCAGAGCUCGAGUCCAGCUCCAUGUAUGUUCACGCAGACGAAGUUAAGGAGAAGAUUGUGCACAAUGAGGCUCGUGCUUCCAGCCCACCAAUUACAAUACUGCAAAGCGCAACAGACUAUGAAAUGAAGGAGAUCAAAAAGGCAUGUUCUCAGGAAAAUUGUGUGGCUGGGAGCAUAGAUCGCCACAGUCAGGAGGAACACAUGCUGUAGAAGUACAAGUGUCUAUAGUUGUUAUAUGAAAAUUGUCUGAUGUUUUUAUACACUGAAAAAGCCUCUAUACCUUUCAAUAAGCUCAUCAUCAUUAAUUGAUAAACAUGAAACUGGAAACAAUGUAUUAAAGGAUAUGGGAUGUACAAUCAUAUCCUUGUCAUUUGAUUAUCAUGUGAACACAAACUUGUGUGAGGUAACACUACUGGUUACCAUUAAAGUUGAUGUUUGUGACAAACACAAUAUGAUUUAAUUUCCUUUAUAUCGUGUUACAUCUAUCAGGGGAAUUUGUUAUUCCAGUGAUUGUACACCACACUUCGUGGAAGUGAUGGAGGCUACGUGGAAGUGAUGGAGGCUACGUGGAAGUGAUUGAGGCUACGCGGAAGUGAUGGAGGCUACGUGGAAGUGAUUGAGGCUACGUGGAAGUGAUGGAAGCUACGUGGAAGUGAUGGAGGCUACGUGGAAGUGAUGGAGGCUACGGGGAAGUGAUGGAGGCUACGUGGAAGUGAUGGAGGCUACGUGGAAGUGAUGGAGGCUACGUGGAAGUGAUGGAGGCUACGGGGAAGUGAUGGAGGCUACGUGGAAGUGAUGGAGGCUACGGGGAAGUGAUGGAGGCUACGUGGAAGUGAUGGAGGCUACGGGGAAGUGAUGGAGGCUACGGGGAAGUGAUGGAGGCUACGUGGAAGUGAUGGAGGCUACGGGGAAGUGAUUGAGGCUACGGGGAAGUGAUGGAGGCUACAGGGAAGUGAUGGAGGCUACGUGGAAGUGAUGGAGGCUACGGGGAAGUGAUUGAGGCUACGGGGAAGUGAUGGAGGCUACAGGGAAGUGAUGGAGGCUACGUGGAAGUGAUGGAGGCUACGGGGAAGUGAUUGAGGCUACGGGGAAGUGAUGGAGGCUACGUGGAAGUGAUGGAGGCUACGUGGAAGUGAUGGAGGCUAUGUGGAAGUGAUGGAGGCUACGGGGAAGUGAUGGAGGCUACGGGGAAGUGAUUGAGGCUACAGGGAAGUGAUGGAGGCUACAGGGAAGUGAUGGAGGCUACGGGGAAGUGAUGGAGGCUACGGGGAAGUGAUGGAGGCUACGUGGAAAGGCAAUACUAAUCAGGAUCAAACUAACGAUGUGUGUUAAUUGACAUUUCACGAUACCUCACAAUUGGAUCUAACUGACAACAGCGAAGGUGAUAGAAUAUCUAAAGUUAUGAUAGGCAAGAUGAUUGAAUGGCAUUAAACAAAACCAAUAUACCAGAUAGUGUUAACAAUGAUAUAUAUAUAUAUCUAAUACUCGGACAGAAGAGAUGGUAAUCAUGAAUAUAGGGGUGAUCUGGGUAAAUUGACUGCCUACAUACAGAAUCUAUAUAUAGAAUACAGCAUGGACAUACAUUGCCUCCAAACAUAUUAUAUUACAUUUAGUGGGGACAUACAUAAACUGCUCACAUUUUGCUAAAGAUCACUUUUAUUUUAGGGCAUAUGUGAAAAUAAAUAUUUCAUUUGGUUUAUACUGAGAUUGUUUUUGAAAAAUUGAUUGUUCUUUUAAUUAAUCAGCAUGCAAAAAUUCCAAAAAUCGUAAUUAGUCGGAAAAUGAGCCACAGGAAAAGGCUUACCCUUAAAAAUUGGUAACAACGAGGUAUUCACUAAAAAACUUAAAUUGAAUAAAACUCGUCCUAAAUAACUGAAACUGACCGUAGUCUGGCAUCAAGGAUUUCAUCGCAGUAAAUCCGGGCCGUAACGGUACCAUAACAUGCAUGGAGUUCAGUUUUCCCAUGAAGGCUUUAAUGCCUCCCCACACCAUCGCUGAACCUCCGUCAUAUCGGUCAUGUUCCACAACGUUACCUGCCUAGAACCUCUCCCCAGGUUGUCUCCAUACUCUAACACGCCUGUCGCUGAAGUCGAGACAGAAUCUGGACUCGUCAGUAAAAAGAAUCUAUUCCCAUUCCUGAAGAGUCCAAGUGCUGUGAGCUUGGGCCCAAUCUAAUCGGUCCCUAACAUGACGGGCAGUUAAGGGAACUCGUAUUGCUGGUCUACAUGACCUUAAACCAGCAUCAAGAAGAUGGUUCCUAACUGUCUGAGUGGCUACCCGGGUAUUAGAAGCAUUUAGGAGGUCAUUUCGUAAAGCUUUGGCAGUCUGGAACCUGUGACGCCGUGCCUGUAUGAGCAAGCCAUGCCUGUAUGAGCAAAAACGACCUCCAGCAUGACAUCUGUAAGGGUUUCCGUUAGUUUGGAAACUAUUCCACAUUCUUGCGAACACACUUUGAGACACCCCAAGGUCUGCUGCAACCUGACAUUGAGACAUGCUAGCUUGCAGCAUUCCGAUGCCCCUAUUUAUUUCACCGUCAUUUAACCGUAGUCUGGUUCGUCUUUGUGCUAUAUUAAAACAAAAACAUGCAAAGAAUAUUCAUCAAAUUGAUUCCCCAAUUUGAACAACGCCUUACUUAGCCUAGCUUAGCUUUUGAAAGGGGUGUACAUGUGGAAAAGCGUGCACACGCUUUUAUGGCUGACUGUACAACCCACACAGGACGAUUUGCAAGGCUAACAUAUUUGCCCAAGACAGUACGGAAGGAAAAUAUUGAUCGUUCCUAACAUUUUGAUUUGUUUUCAAAAUAUAGGUAAUCCUCAGCAAAAUGUGAGUAGUACAUUAUAUUACAUUCAGCUGAAACAUACAUUGGCUCCUAAUUAAACGAUGUGUUGUUCUACACUCAGCAUAUAUAUACAUUUUGCUCAAUUUGGAACAUUAUAUUCAGCCAGGACAAACAUAUGGUACUUUCAGCAGGAACAAAUGUAUUGUAUUACAUGCAACAAGGACAUGUAGUGUCUCUGUACAAAUUAUAUCUCAUCAUCAAGGGACACAGAUUGCCACCAUAUAUAUAUUACAUACUGACAGAAGCUGAAACACAUGUUUUCUCCACACAAAAGACACACACAUAUUUGAUACAUUUUCUGGUUGUUGUAACUUCAGGCAACAGAUCUAGAGACAGACAUUUUCUGUAACUUAAGUCGCUGCACAGACGCGAGUGAUCCUGCCUCCACUGAGUUGCUAGUACAGAAAACAGACAUUUUGAUUGCUUCUGCACAUAAACACAAUGAUUGCCUACACAAAGGUCUGGAGUUGUACUGACUGCCACCACGCACAGACAUCAAGAUACCUUCCACACCAUUCCUUUGCAGAGACGUUGCCUCUAAAUUUGAUAUUGUAGAUAAAUGAUAUCCACAUUGCCCAGUUUCUAUAAGCUAUGUGAUAUGUAUAAGUUUCUUACUUUUAUAGAAGAAACUAUCUGUAACAUGUUGUAUAUCAUAUUGAUGAUCAGUCAGAUUUUAUGUUUUCUUUCAUUAUUUCCUUCAAAUUAUUGCUGUAAAUUGAUUGUGUACAUAAUAUUGUGACUGACAUAUCAGAAAUCAUUUUAUUUGUCUUAUCUUUCAUGACAAAUGGUUUGUGAUAGACAUCAGACUACUUGGCUAUGUUUUCAAACUUGCCUUAAAUUAUUUUUUAAUAAUAAUGAUAAUUUAACACAAAAUUUCAAUUUUGUAAACAUUCAAAAAUCCUGAAAUUCCAAGCUAAAAUUACAUGUACAUUGUGUAUUGAUUCAAAAUUACUGUUCAAUGAAAAAAACUGAGGAGAUUUAUAAAAUCAGUUGAUAAUUUUGAAAUGUUUGCAUUAUUUCAGAUAUUACUCGUCAUGUAUUUGGGGUUAAAAGUUGUCUCCUUUUAUUUAAUUUGUAUGCUGAAAUAAUUCAGAAUUGUAAUAUGUAAUGCAUUACAUAAUCCUUGUUUACUUUUCAAAUAUGUCAUCAGUUCAUUAACCAAGUGAUCACUCAUUGAAUAAACUUAAGUGUUGAAUUCUUUAAAAAGUGUACACAGCAUAUACCCUUAAUUCAAAUGUAUGUGACUCAUAUGACAAUGAAUAAUGUCUUAAGCAAAUAACACAGGAAGAGUAGAAUUGACAGGAGUCUGUUCAUAAAGAUUUGUUGAUUUGAAUAUUUCUAUUUACUGAGAGAUCUAUAGCUGAAUCAAUAAUGAAGGGUUAAGUUUCUGGGAUAUUACUGAUUUAGUUUUAUAGGAAGAAUUGGUUUGGUUUAAUUUUGUUUAACGUCCUAUUAACAGCUAAGGUCAUUUAAGGACGUUUUUACAGGAAGAUUUGUAGCUCUGUAGAUGUAGUAAAGAGAGUGUUGUUAUUUUCUUUCUUUUUAAAUACAUUUUGUUAAGAAGAAAAUGAAGUAUGAAUACUAUUGUUCAAUGUUGGUGGUGGUGGUGGUGAAGCUCUUACAACAUUUUUGACACGCUUGGUAAACCCAGUCCCAGGUUAACAAUAUAACUUACAUUAGACUUAUGGUAAACCCAGUCCCAGGUUAACAAUAUAACUUACAUUAGACUUAUGGUAAACCCAGCACCAGGUUAACAAUAUAACUUACAUAAGACUUAUGCUGAACCCAGUCCCAAGUUAGAUCCAGUAAAUGUUAAACUCUCAAACACGAUUACCACAUUAGACCCCGGUUCAAUUCAGACCCGUAAUAGACCCAAGUUAAACUUCCUAACGUUAGACUUUGGUCAAACCCGGACACAUACAGGUUACCGGUGUAGCAUGGUAUUAUGAAGCAUGGUGAAAUGAACCGCGGUUCAUAUUACCAUAAUGGUGAAUAUGAACCGCCCCGUGGUGAAAUGAAGGGUUCCGUCUAUUUAUAUUCAAACUUUUUUCUAUUCAUUUUCUUUAAGUUUACUUCAACUUGAUGUAUUCUAUCUGAAAACCACAAAAAUUAUGUCUGAGGUAGAGAAAUCUAGGGUGGGGCAGGGCGCUUCACUUUACCAUAAUGGUGAAAUGAAGGGUUUAAACAUUUUUUUUUCUUUUUGACUUUUUUAAAC